AUGGGCUAUGAAACGGAAUCAGUAGUAGAAGAACAAGCUCAAAUGCCACCAAAAUAUUCUGCUUGUACCUAUGGACCAUCAGGAACCAGUGAACAUCCACCAACUUAUGACGAAGCAAUCAAAAUGAUUCAAGAACACGAAAAUGAGUCUAAAGAGCAAAGCAGUUCAAGGAGGAAUCAAAUUAUCCCGCCAAUUUAUACUGUUCAAAAUGAUGAAAAUACACAACCAAUCUACAAAACUAACCUGUGCCUUUGA